CGCUCUGUCUCACCAUCAUGGAAGCCAUAGUCGAUCAAAUACAAUCCCUGGCGAAGGGCGCCGGCGAGGCAGAGAAGUCUCGCAUCCUCGAUACACUGCUGCGUCUCCAACGAGAACUUGAAUCACCAAUGGAUGUCAUUAUGAGGAUAUUCAAUGCGCAAAUUUCUCUCUCGGUAACCUAUGUCGCAGUGGAGCUUGGCCUCUUCCGGAAGUUGACCGAUUCUGGUUCGACUUCGGUCAGCGGGUCUCAGUUGGCUACAGAAACCAAGGCAUCCCCGGAUCUGGUUGAACGCAUCCUCCGAUACCUGGCAUCUGCCGGCUUCCUCGACAACCCGGGCUCAGGUGAAUAUCGACCCAACAACCUCACCUAUUUCCUGGCCAGUCCCGUCGCUGAUGCUGGUAUCGCCCAUGCCCUCGACACUUGCGGUCCUGCGAUCCAAGCCCUCCCGUCAUUCCUCGCUGAGACACAGUACCAAGACAUCAUUGAGAACACAAAGACACCGUUCCAGAAAGGGCACAAGACGAGCCUUGGGGCCUUUCAAUGGCUGUCUGAGCGCCCGAAGAACUUCCUUGCCCUUCAGCAGAUCAUGACCGCCAUUCAGUCCGCCGCCUGGCUCAACGGUCUCGAUGUGCUCAAUCAAGCUGCCCUGGACGUUCCGUCCGGAUCCGAGAGACCUUUCUUCGUCGAUGUGGGAGGUGGCCACGGCCACCAGUGUAAGCAACUGCUCGAUAAGCAUCCAAAUCUCCAUGGAAGUCUUGUCCUAGAGGAUCUCCCUCAGGCUAUUGACAAGUUGCCCCCAAUCGACGGGGUCAAAGUGAUUGGACAAGAUUUCUUCGAGAGGCAGACUGUUCGAGAUGCAAAGUUUUAUUAUCUUCGUCGGAUCAUGCAUGAUUGGCCCGAUACCGAGUGUCUCACAAUCCUAUCUCGUCUCUCCGAGGCGAUGGCGAGCGAUUCAAUCAUCCUGAUUGACGAGAUUGUCCUCCCCGAUGCAAACGUGCCGUGGCAGGCUGCGAUGCAGGAUAUGUCGAUGAAUAUCCUCUUCGCUGGCAAGGAGAGGACCCGCAAGCAAUGGGAGAGUUUAAUCACCACUUCGGGGCUGAAACAGAAGGAAAUUCGCACCUACAGCCUCUCGGCGUGUAGUUCCGUGAUUGUCCUGGAAAAAAGCGUUGGAUGAUUGUAGCAAGCUGCGUUGCCGUCUUGAGGACUUAUCCAGUCAAUAGGUAGAAAUAGGCAUGGCAUUAGUUAGCGCCACUACUAUCUCAACUGAAGAAAAGAUGGUGGGGAAUGGAACUCCUUGUAACUGUGAGGUAAAGGC